GAAUAUGUUUAAUUAGGUAAAAAUAUUUGUGUUUGUUAUGUUUCAGACGUUUUGAUUUUGCCGAUUAAGAUCGAGAUGACAAACUCAAAGAGAUGCAAACAUCAUGAUCGACUGAGCGAGCUGCCCAACGCCGUAAUAUUCGAGAUAUUUUGGUUGAUGCCGAUGACAGAUGUGGUUAGGACAACAGUUCUAUCCAAGCGCUGGAGAGACCUUUGGACCAUUACUCCCUUUCUUAAUUUUGAUAAUCGAACUAUGUUGUUUGAUGAUGAUAGGCUUCGGAAAUUCGUUAAUCGGGCUUUAUUGUGCUGGGAUAGGACUAGGGUUUUGAAAUUCAAGUUUCUUUCGCAUAAGCUUGGUGAUUCAAUGGUUGGUGAUGUUGAUUUGUGGCUGAGGUUUGCCCAGAGAUAUGGAGUCGAAGAAUUAUCUUUAGUUGAAGUAGUGCAGCUCAAUAGCGCAAAUUGGGUGCCGCAAUGUCUCUACUCAUGCUCCUCUCUUAAAGCGGUAUGGCUAUUUUGUGGUAAAUUGGAGAUUUCUGGGAAUGUGCAGUGGAAUCAACUCGAGAGAUUAACUUUAACUUCUGGGGAGGUGAAUGCACAUACGAUUAACCAAAUAUUGUCGGGUAGCCCUCAGUUGAGAGUCUUUACUUUGAGAUAUAACGAUAGAGGUGGAAACUUGAGUAUCCAAUCAAAUAGUUUGAAGGAGUUGUUGAUUAGAAAGUAUCCUGUUAGAGGUUUUGAAGAUCUGGUUUCGGAGCUGAGAAUCUGUACCCCAAAUCUUGAAAAAUUAGAACUCGGAUGGGUUAAUCCAUAUACAAAGUGUUUGCUGAUGAAUGUAUCAUCUUUGUCCCAUGCGACUCUUAGGUUAUGGGGAUCAUGUGUAUUCGAGCUUAUUAAGUAUGACUUGCAUUCUGGAGAAGCCUUGAGUCAAAUUCUUCCAACCAUUCAACAUGUUGAAAACGUCAGAUUAUUGAACUGGAGCACCAAGGGGCUCGGAGCUAUGAAAAUGAAUUCAUCUUUUCCUAAUGUCAAAUCCUUAGAGCUUAGAUGUUGUUCAUAUGACUACAAACGCGUAGUAGGUGUUCUUGAGCUUUUCCCUAAGCUUGAGAGAUUAGUCCUUCAAUACCAGAAAGAAGAUGGCCACCAAGAUCACAUAGAGUCACUCAAUCUACCUGAGUCCUUUGUUUUGCAGUUGAGGACAGUGGAUGUUACUUGGGCUGAGGGCGACGACGUAUUUCCAUUGAUUGAGAUUAUACUAAAAUACGCGAGCAAGUUAGAAAAGAUUGUGUUCCGAUUAAUAGAAACCAAGUCACCUUCACCACCAUCAGAUUCUUUGUUUGUGUUCCGAUUAAUAGAAACCAAGUCACCUUCACCACCAUCAGAUUCUUUGUUUUUGUUGUCACAGAAGCUGCUGGGAAUGCGAAGAUCCUCAGCUAACUGCACAAUUGAUCUCACCAAGCUUCCUUCAAAGAUUUUGCAAUGA